AUUGGUGCCAGCGGUAUUCUGCCCGGUGAAUAAUUUAAUUGAACCAUAUUAUUGUUUAUUUUGUCGGCAAUGGAUGAGCUACGAGCUGAUAGCAUAUUAAGUGAAAUUUUGGAAAGUAGAAAGACUCUAACAGGAUUUUUGGAUGCAGUCUUCGGGUUUUUAUGUCGCAGAACUGACUUUUUCCACAUUCAAACAAGUAAAGAUGAUAAAAUUGGAUUCCCCAGAGGAAUAAAAGAAGAGAUACUCCUGAGUUGCAUGCAGAAAUAUGAAAAAGACAGCCAAACAACACCUCAAGUGGUACGCGAGGAGUAUGUUCCGCCGGCAAUAGAAGAGGUAGAAAUUGAAACCGAAGAAAUACAAAAUGACUUGGAUAUAAAAACAAACGUGCAUGAACCGCCGAAAUCUCGAAAUUCAACAAACGAUAAAACACAUUUUAGUGAAAAUGAUUUCAAAAAUGGAGACAAGAAUGACAGAUACUGUUGGAGCCAAACGUUAAAAGAUAUUGAACUGUCUAUUCUCCUUCCAUUUGAAGUUAAGUCGGCAAAACAUGUAAAAAUUAAUUUGAAAUCAAACCAUAUUUCCGUAAAAUCGUUAUUGCCACAAGAACAAGAUAUUGUAUGCGGUGAAACUUGGAGUCGUUUUAAACAUAACGAGGCUGUGUGGACUAUUGCCGAUGGUAAAAUUGUACUUAGUUUGGAUAAAACAAAGGAGGGCUGGUGGGAUAAGUUGUUUGUUGGCGAUUCAUCUAUAGAUAUAAAAAAGCUCGACACCGAAACUCCAAUCGAAGAAUAUCCGGAAGAAACGCAGCUGGAAAUUGAUAAAAUUCAAACACAGAUGCUUAGCCAAAAAUUGGAUGAUCCGAAAGGUAUUCCAUUGUCUAGAGGUGAACAAAUAUCUCGCCUAAAGCAAGCGUGGAAUGCAGAGAACUCACCUUUUAAGGGGCAACCGUUUGAUCCAUCUUCGAUUCAGUUUGACUAGUAAACAUUUUAUAAAAUAUAUGGAGUUGUAUACAAA